GAGACGGGAAGUGUUCGAGGGAAAUGCGCACGCGCAUUCCUUCGGCCAUCUCCCCAGGAGCCUGCGUCUCUUGCAGAGCUCGCGCAGCGGAGGCGGGGGAGGGGCACGGCCAGGGUGUUCCUUCGGCGUUCCACCGCGCAUGCUCCCACCUUUCCACUUUGUCGCGUGUUCCUGCGGGUUUGCCAGGCUCAGGCGCCCUGGCUCCCCUGGUCGGGGCCUGGCUCUUGGCGUGGGGGGCGACCGUGCUUCUCAGCUGCGCCGCAGUCAGCCAUUCGGGCAAGGAUACCAAUUGUUCAGAGAUUAUCCUGAUACAAGAAAUUGUGAAAGAUGGUUUUCAUAGAGACUUGCUGAUAAGAGUGAAACUUGGCACAAACAUUGAAAAUUCACAGACCUGCAAUGUUUUGAUUAAAUAUCACCUUCCAAUGGGAUUAUAUGUGGACCCAUAUGAAUUGGCUUCAUUACAAGAACACAAUGUGACAGAGGCAAUGAUAAUUCAAGAUACUGUUGACUUAGAAGCCCCUGACUAUUUGUCUGAAGAAUUCGAUGUCCUUCUUUAUGCUAAAUCAGAUUCCCAGUGUUCUGAAUGCUUCAGAACAAUUUUGCCUAUUCACUGCCGGUAUCACCAGCCUGAGGAGAAAGAAGAAAGGGCUUUUGUAGUGGUGAAGAACCCAGAAUUAUUUGUCAGUUGCUACAAUGAUUUUCCUUCUCUGAACUGCUGGAAACAGUCUGAGAUGGAAGCUCCUUGUUCUAUGAGGAAUAAACACAUUUGUCAGUGGAGCAACAUGAAGUAUAAAUCAGUAAAUCAGAAUGUGAUGCUACAAGUUCCAGUGGGGCUAAGAGUACAUUGUCACCUCGUAUGUGUCAUGACGCUGUUUAUUACAGUCUUGUGUUCUGGUCUUAUUCUUAGAGCAGUCUUCAAACAUGGUCAUUUCUCCCUGUGAGAAUGUAAUGUAAUGAUUUGUGGUAUUCUAGAAUUAUGGCAUUCCUUUUAAUUGACAGUAGUGGUUUGGUGAAACCAAUUUAAUAAAAAAUAUACAAUGGUGUUUUAAAAAUAA